GCAUAAUUGGCGGGCGGUUUGCCGCCGCGAGAUUUGAAUUUCGGACGAUCGCCUCGUUUCUGAGAUGGCUGUGGACAUUGGGUUGUUGACCGUGUUGGAAAAGAGUAUUUCUCCAGUUCAAGUGGAGUUGGAGGCGGCCCAGCAUUUUCUAGAGAAAGCAGCCGAAGCAGAUCUUGUCGGUCUUUUACGCCAACUGAGCGAUGUUCUGGUUAAUCCAGAGUGUUCUCCGAUGGUUCGCAUGCAAGCUGGCCUGCAGUUGAAGAAUGCCUUAUACGCUAAAGAUUCUGAUCUGAAGGCUGCUUACCAACAGCGAUGGCUCCAGAUACCACCGGACACUCGUCUGCACAUUAAGAAGAAUUGUUUGACUGCUUUGGGGACAGAAACUACUGCUCACAGUUCUGCUGCCCAAUGUGUGGCAUAUCUUGCUUGUGCGGAAAUUCCGGCGAUGCAAUGGCCGGAACUCAUGGAUCGGUUGGUCGAAAAUGUCGUAAAUCAGACGAGUUCCGAAGCCUGUAAACAUUCUACACUGGAAGCGAUAGGUUACAUUUGUCAAGACAUCGACCCAAAUAUCCUCACCAACCAAUCGAACGCUAUCUUAACGGCAAUAGUUUGUGGUAUGAAGAAGGAGGAGCCCAGUGACAACGUCCGAUUAGCAGCUACUAAUGCGCUUCUCAAUUCAUUAGAGUUUACAAAACACAAUUUUGAUGUCGAUAAUGAACGGAAUUAUAUAAUGCAAGUCGUCUGCGAGUCGACACAGUCAACUAAUCCUCAGAUCCGUGUUGCCGCUCUUCAAUGCUUAGUAAAGAUCAUGUCACUUUACUACAAUUACAUGGAAACUUAUAUGAAACAAGCUCUGUUUGCCAUCACUUUGGACGCCAUGAAGGAUAGUAUCCCCGAGGUGGCAUUGCAAGGCAUUGAGUUUUGGUCGACAGUUUGUGACGAGGAGAUUGAUUUGGCAAUCGAAGCCGCUGAAUGUUUUGACAAGGGUCAGCCUCCUGCCAUUUCUAGCAUGUUUUAUGCUAAAGGGGCCCUCCAAUUCAUCACUCCCAUUCUAAUGGAAAUAUUAGCUCAUCAGGAUGAAGCAGCGGACGAUGAUGAAUGGAAUCCAAGCAAGGCCGCUGGAGUUUGCCUCAUGCUUUUAGCACAGUGCUGCGAAGAUGCUAUAGUUGAUUUGGUCAUUCCAUUCGUCAAAGAGAAUAUCAAAAAACCAGAUUGGCGUUAUCGGGACGCUGCAGUUAUGAGUUUCGGCAGUAUUCUCGAAGGUCCCAACCCAACAGCUCUCAAACCAUUGGUGGAGUCCGCGAUGCCCGUAAUUAUAGAGCUCCUCCGAGACGAGUCGGCUGCGGUGCGUGACACGGUAGCUUGGACGAUCGGCCGAGUUUGCGAAACAUUACCGGAAGUCGCACUGCAAGAGACGUAUCUGAUGCCACUUCUGACUGGGUUGGUAGAUGGACUAUCAUCAGAGCCGCGUGUCGCAGCUAACGUUUGUUGGGCCUUCUCCAGCCUAGCUGAAAGUGCAUAUGAUGUGGCCGCAGGCGAACCGGCAGACAAAACUGGCCCUUCAGGCGAACCGAGGACUUACGCAUUAUCUCGAUAUUUCAACGCCAUCGCUGAUCGACUUUUAGCGACCACUAGUCGACCAGAUGGUGGGCAACACAACUUGCGUAAUGCUGCUUACUCUGCUCUGAUGGCUUUGAUCCGAUCCGCCGCUCAGGAUUGCUACAGUGAGGUACAACGUGUUACGGUCGUGGUUUUGGAACGAUUAGAGUCCAUCAUAGGACUAGAGAGCCAAGUUGCCUCCACCCAUGACCGCGCUCAGUUUAAUGAUCUGCAGUCAUUGCUAUGCGGCACGUUGCAGUCUGUGCUUCGAAAAAUCAGCAAAGACGAUGCUCCAGCAAUCUCAGAUAAGGUCAUGUUGGCUCUGGUGUCCAUGUUCCGUUCCACCGGCGCGUCUUUGGCACAGGGAGGCGGAGACCAGCUUUUGGUCAAUGGCGAACAGAAGAGUGGCUUAUCCGGGGGAGUUCACGAAGACGCUCUGCUUGCCGUAUCCGCUUUGUUGGAGGCUGUUGGAGAGCUUUUUGUCAAAUACCUUGAUUUGUUCAUGCCGAUUCUCGUUGCUUGCUUGCGCAAUUUCCGAGAAACCCAAAUAUGCAUCAAUGCGGUUGGGCUGCUUGGAGAUCUCUUCCGUGUACUGAAAAAGCACAUGGUCCCGCACUGCAGUUACCUCUUCACUAUCCUAAUGGAAAUCCUACAGGACGUGAAUGCAAACAAGUCUCUGCGGCCUGCCAUCAUUUCUGUUUUCGGGGACCUGUCUCUUUCCCUUGAAGCGGAAUUUAUGGAUUAUCUUCCAGUUGUCAUGGACACCUUGAAACAAGCCACUCAAGCCGAAGUCAACGUGUCCGAUCCGGAUAUGGUUGAAUACUUAAACUCUCUUCGGAACAGUUGUCUCGAAGCAUACACAGGAAUAGUACAAGGAAUAAAAGAGAGCGGAUCUCGUCCCGGUGGAGCUUUGGAGUUCGUCGCAUGCCAUGUUACGCACAUUUUAUCUUUUAUUGAGCACAUCGGAGCGGACUCGAUCACGACGGAUGAGUUAAUUUGUGCGUCUUGUGGUCUAAUCGGCGAUCUGGUCUCGGUUUAUGGAGGCAGGAUCCUGCAACUUCUCGACGUAGACCCCAUCACCAACUUGCUUCAGAAAGGAAGACGUUCGAAAUCUUCGCGGACCAAGCACCUGGCCAUGUGGGCGACGAAGGAGAUACGUAAGCUCAAAAAUGUGGCACACAAUGCCACUGGAGCGAUGGCAUCUGCUGCAGCGAUAGCGCCCUCCGGCUGUUCCACUGCUCAAGUUUCCUAAGACCAGACAUCGCAUUAGACCUCCAACUUCCUUGUCCGGCGUAUUCUUCAGCCAAUGUACACACGCGUGCACAGCCCCUCCUGUCAUUGUCCGUCCAUCCCCGAGACACCUCAUCCACACCGAGUCGCGACCCUCUUUGUACUUAUCAACCUUUGCCCUUCUCUAUGAGAUUGUACGAUUUUUUACUUCGUUUUUUUCUAUCUAGAUUCGAUCAAAGCACUUUUGUCGUGACACAACUGGUGCUUCCUGUACAUUCUUGUUCAUCUAUUAUUCUCCAGACCAAACAUUUAUCUGUUGCCAGUAUGAUUCCUGCUCGUUAACCUCUUUCCAUCGCCUCUUCACAACAGUCCUUGCUUUUCCGUUGAUUCAUCAGUAUUUCACUGACGGACCUCCGGCACUUAGCACGCGAUUGUCUCCUGUUAGUUGAUUACACCCAGUCAUUGCGGUUAUCUCUGUAUGAUGAUGAAUAACGACAGUUAAACAACGGUGUUCGGUUAUCGGUUUGUUCGCUUUUGUGUAUUCAUCCUUCCGCUCCCGAUAACCAGCUGUUUAUCCUCACCCCUCCAUGGGUUUAGCUUAUCCGCAAAGAUUUGGACGGCCUUGCGAUUCUCAUGUUGCUCCUAGACAUACCACGCUGCGACUUCACUCCAGCUGUGAAUAGCCUGACUUGUAAUGGAAUCAAUUCCUGCAGCUAUACUGCUGAAACAUCAACGUUUCUUUGCGUAGAAAUCGUUUUACUGGUGAAAAUAUUUGCGAGAAAGUCACUAUUACAAUUUAUUCGUCCAGUCUCUUCGUCAACUGUUGUUCCCUGAUGCUGCUGGCUUUCGUUUCUCUGCGCUCGAAGCUAGUGCUCCGCUCUUUCGCGGAGUAACAACAGACAACCGUUUUAAUGUGCGUUGGAAAUAGUCUGAUGAUCUAACGCUUGUAAUUCCACUA